AUGUCCAAGCUCUCUGCUCCUCUCAAGGCUCUGAUCAAUGCGCCUUUUGCGCGUCCUGGCCCCAGGCCUGCGCCGCAGCAGGUCCAGGAGCUGUACGAGUCCAUCGCGAAUGAUGCUGCCUUGAGGAACCUCGGCAUUCGGUCCUGGCUCACUGUCUCGGCCGCUGCUACAUUCACUCUUAACUCUCCCGACUCUCUCCCUGUCCUCCAUCGCGUCGCGUCCGCCAAGCAGCCUGACUCGGCUGUUCAGAAUGCCGAGUUCAUCCGGGAAGUCGGCCUCAAGUGCAUCGGCUUCAACGGUAUCCCCCGAACUAUCAACUCCCUCAAUGCGUUCCACGCAUCGCUUCCCGAGGACGUAGCGUCCAAGCUCAGCACGACACCGAGUCGACAACCGACACCCGAGAACCUCGAGGCCACACUUAAGCGGGGUAGAGCUCUAUGGGACUCUGUGUAUAGGCCGUUUGAGGAUAAGCUACUAGAGAAGCUGGCGCUGGCACAUCCUGAUCUGCCUGUGCACAUUCUUAGCAGCCACUAUGCUGCGCUGUUCACCGAUCCCCCUCCUGCUGAGCGAGGUUCGUUGGCGAGCAUUGGCCGAGUCCAUACUUCUCUGCUGGGCAUCUCAUGCUUGAGAGCGCAAACGGGUGUUGGACCUCAGGUCUUGUCACAUGUCUUUGGUCUAAGAAAGGCUCUAGAAGAUGGAACAUACAAGAACGACAUAGACGGCGAGACCGAGGAGGGCGUCCAGUACCUGGCCAGCGACGAGGGUGGUCACUGGAUCCUUAACACAGUCGACAAGAUUGUGGAGGCCAUUGGCGGAAGCAGCUUUGCGCCAGGAAGAGAGUCAAAGCUGUAG